ACAGAAAAGAGAAAAAGGAAUCGAAGCUGAACUCUCAGCACCGACGCUUUACAGUAGCAACUUGGUAGUUUGACGCCAUUCGCCCGUGGAUAAGCAGCGCAUGCAGUGCUGCCAGGCGGGAGUGCAGGACCAACUGGGAAACACGGGAGGCGCCAAUGACAAUUGUCUUGGUACCAACGCAGUGAUAAAUUAACGACAAUCGCUAGCCCCGGCCACUACCUGGAAGUCGCAGACCACGGAUCCGUACCUACUCCGUACUAGUACCGAUACAGCCCGGUGGGUUCGAGAUUGCAAAGUGGAAGCUGGCUGCAGUGCUGUUCUGCGCCAUAACGUUAUCCACGCGCAUAUCCCCGACAAACUUUCCACUUUCCACUUGGACUUGCUUUCGCCCCGAUCUGCUGCCACACACAUCCAUCAUCAUCUGUCAUCUGUCGCUCAUCUGCCAUCUGCUCUCUCUUGGAGCCUGUCGUCCGUCCUUUUUCGCUGCAGUUCUUCGCUCCUUGUCCUGUCCAUACCACACACACCCGCAAGCCGGAUCCCAACUGCCUAUUCCAACUAUAAUUUUCGCUUCCAUUCCGUCUUACAGAUUGCCCAUACUCGGCUUGCCAUUAAGCGACUUGUUUCUACCGAACGACGUUAUACAAGCCCCCAACCACACCAACCACUAGACAGUCAAUUUCCCGUAUCGACCCCAUUCAGCGCACCACGCGACUUCCCAUCCUUGCGACACUCCCGUUUGCUUCCCAGAGCUUUUCAGCAUUUCUCGACCGACACAAGCCCGGUGCGCCCAUUGCACGCCACGAUAGAGUCGGAAAGCACAACGCCGCCGCCUAGGCCCUUCCCUGUCGCUCCAGCUUCUCCUUUACAGGACCCGCCAGUCCCUGGUGUGGUCCUUACCAACGCCGACAAGCUGGAUUCCUUUGUCACUGUGACGGGCUGGUCCUCGCACCAGAUACCGAUACCGGCCAACGGACGCCUCUCCAAAAGCCACACCCGAUCUCUCUCCAGCAUCCUCAGCCGAAACAGCGCCUCGAGGGCCUCGAUUUCCGAUGCAACACCCGAACUACCAUCCGUUAGCGAGCCAGCCUCUGCCAACGCAGCGCCGUCGACCCCUCGCCUUAGACGACCUUUCUCCCCGCAGCCCAUAGAUGAUGAGAAUGAAUUGACGACCCUCCCCGAUCCCCGAAGCCGGGCUAUGAGCCCCGCAAGCGGAGUUUCCAUGACCGGUCAUCACCAUCCCGACCUCGAUCAGGAGGUGGCCACCCUCAGCACGAAACUGAUCAAUGCGAUCAACCACCAGACCACCUUGGAUGAUAACCUAUCGCAAACAAAAAUGGAGCUAGAGCAGGCACGCGACAAGAUCAGGCAACUUGAACGGACAGUGGAGGAGCAAAGGGAGAUGCUGGCUGGUGAUGUUUGGGUACGGAGGAAAACCGUCGAGGCGGAAAAGACAACUCUGUUGGGAGUCAUUGCCGAAGAGAAGCAGGCUCGUUUGGAUGUGGAACAGCAAAAGAAGAAAAUUGAACAGGAGUUGGAGAACCUGACAGCCGCCCUAUUCGAGGAAGCCAACAAAAUGGUCAUCUCUGCCAAGGAAGAGGCCAGGAUCGAACAGGAGAUACUGCAGCGGAAGAACGACCAACUUAGGGCACAACUCGUGGAUACCGAGGGACUACUCAAAUCACAACAGGAGCAACUAGCCGAGCUAAAGCACCUUAUGGAGGACAUGAGCGCCGAGAAGCACGAGCAGAUACCUCCCACGGCGCCUUCUUCUCCAGGUUUCAGCAAGUUUGAGCUGCAAAAUGAGGAAGGCCUUUCCGAUCGCUUACACCAUGGGCAUCACGACCGCCAACUUAGCGUGGCCGAGUCCAUGUCUCCUUCGUACCCUACCAGUUUUACUUAUCUCUUGAAGCCCGUACUUCGUACCGACCUAGCAUCGUAUAACGACUUCAAAGAUCUCAUUCGCACAUCCAAGAGGAUCUCUGCCCAGCAACGCGUACCCACACCAUCUACCGGCUCUGCACUGACGUCUCUCGGCCUGGGCUUAGGAUCGGUAGGUGCUCAUCUUGCGCUCGCCAAUGCCUCCAGCACGUCUCUUUCGACCAUCGCAACUGCACAAUCGACCUUCUCCCAAACCUCCACUACACCCACAACGGCCGUUACCGCCAGCCCUGGCGCCGCUGCCAUCCCCCUGCCGGCCUUGAAGGAUACCAGGUUUUACAAGAGGGUCCUGACCGAGGAUAUUGAACCAACACUACGGCUCGAUAUCGCUCCGGGGCUUUCUUGGCUUGCCCGGAGGAGUGUCCUUACAGCGAUGACUGACGGCUCGCUUGUCGUAGAGCCAGUCCCAGCUGCCACAACAACAACUAGCAGGUUCGGCAGGGUUUCGAGGCCCGAGUUGAGCCCGUGCUCUCUCUGCGGGGAGUCCAGGCCAGAGGAGGAAUUUCUUCGGAAACAUCGAUUUCGGAUCAGCGAAACUGGUUCCGCGCAAACUGGAUAUGCAUUAUGCAGGUAUUGCCUGUCUCGAGUCCGAUCAACAUGCGAUUUCUUAGGAUUUCUUCGCAUAGUCAAGGACGGUCACUGGCGAGCGGAUGACGAGGAUGCUGAGAAGGCGGCAUGGGCCGAAAGCGUACGGUUACGGGAGCAGAUGUUUUGGAGCCGUAUCGGUGGCGGUGUGCUCCCGAUUACCCAUUUCCACACAAGCCAUAGUCGGGCACCCAGUCGAGCCCCGAGUCUUCGGGGUGACAAGAGCUCCAGGACGAGUCUCGAGACUGACAAGGAUGGAGAUGAAACGCCUGCUGCUGGUGAAGUUGAACAAUUGGCGGUAUCCGUGGCGGAGGUGGCAGAUGCGAUCCAGCAGGAGAGCUCGGAAACGGAAAUUCCCGAGGUGCUUGAGCAACUCACUUCCAAUAUUGCCACGGAGCCUGUCGACCAACCCGAGAUCACACAGAAGGACGAAGCGCCCGUGGAAGAGGUUGUGGUACCUAUUGCGAUCAGCGAGGUGUCUGAAGAGCAGGUUGAAAUCAUCGAACAAAAGGUCGAGGCUCCGACAGACGACAUGGAGGGACCUACCGAAGAGACCAAGCUAGUUUGGGAGGAGCCCAAGACCCCCGCUAACAAGUUCGAGUUCCUCGAAGCGGAAAUCACCCAAUGCCCGCCAUCCACCGAAGAUACCCCCAAGCAGCCUGUCGCCUCCGAGGUUGAGCCAGCAACUGAGGAACCAAAGGAACUUGCUGUGACGAUAUCCGGGGCUUUCCCAGCUUGAAUUAUUACGAUUUAUUCGAUGGCAAAACGCAAAACUGGGCUUCCCUUUUGCUUUGAUCAUCACCUUUUUCUUCGCUUCUGUUUUUAUUAAGCUGUUUUUGGUUCAUACACUUUUGGGAGGCGCAACAUUGAAAAUAUCGGGCGUUUUGGUUCAGGCUAAUCGUAUUUACUUUGUUUUGUCUUGCCCUUUUUUAUAUUUAGCAUAACUGUAUUAUAUGAUACCGAAGCCGCAUGGGGCACCGUUUUCUCUCACAACCCCCCAGUAUACACAAGGAGAAAACGGGGGAUUUGAUUAUACAAACCACCUCAACAAAAGGAUAAAAAGCCAGGGGGUGGAGCUGCUUCCACACUUACGCCAGGAGGGAAAGAAGGAUGGCUAUAUACUAACUUAAUCGGGCCUAUUCAACAGCCACACACGCUCGUUUCUUGCAUGUACUUUCACCUAUUCAGUAUGUCGUUACUUAUACUCACUUUGGGUUUAUUAGGAGGGAAGAGGGAUAAUGACAGGAGAAGAGAGUUAGUUGGUCGUCCGGGGAACUAGCUAAGCACAUGUGCUGAUAUGAACUUCGAAGGAUCCGAGAAAGCACACGCAGACCAGCUAGCUAGUUGUACAUCCUUUAGCAUAAUGCAUAAGCCCUCCUGGAAUAACAAACGUAUGCGGUUCAGAAUGAACAAAUGUUCUCUCAUAUGAAUUUUGCAUACAUGAUUCAUUUUCCUUCCAAA